AUGCCGUGUGUGCAGACCCAGUGCGGCUCCUCUCCACAAGGAGCCAGCCCGGCCUCUCAGAGCGCCGGUGGAGAGCGCAGCUGCGACUUCCUCACCCCGGAGUUUGUCAAGUAUAGCAUGGACCUCACUAAUAGUGAAAUCUCAACUGCAACAUCGGCUCCCAGUUUCGGCUCCAUGGGUGACACUUAUGGCGCCGGGUACGACGUGAAGCCCCCGUGUCUCUUCCAAAUGCCGGUGCAGGGAGAGCUUCCGUGCGUCAAGGUGGAGGAUGCGCACGGUUGUCCGCGGUAUCAGCCGAAUCAGCAUCACCCGCGCCAGUCCGACGAGCUGCUCUCCUCCCCGGGCUCCAUUUAUUAUUACCGGCCUCCGUCGCCGCACACCCCCAUCACAUCCAACUUUCAAACUCCACCGGGACACAUAUGGGAGGACUCUGGCUCUCUGUACAGUUUUCGACAGGACUAUUUGGCGGCGGCGCACAGGAAAAACACACUAUCCAGAUUCUCGCUGUUUUCCCUAAAACACGCGCAACACGGCGGUCAGAGCUUGUCCACCUGCCAAAUGAAAUUUGACGGAUCUCUCCAUGUGUCCAUGAACCUGGACGCAGCCGGGGCGCACCAGCCGCUGGAUAGCCCCGGGGUUUUGGGCUCCACUGCCCACGGAAAGCAGCCCGUAGUGGGAUUUCCUCACCUGCCCCAGUUCGCCCACGGCCACCACUUUAUGGACUACCAGACUUCUUGUGCUCCCAGCCGAGGACCGCUGAGCGCGGAGGGACUGUGCGCCGUCUGCGGCGAUAACGCAGCCUGCCAGCACUACGGAGUGCGCACUUGCGAGGGCUGCAAGGGUUUCUUCAAGCGCACAGUACAAAAAAAUGCCAAGUACGUGUGUUUGGCAGCCAAAAGCUGCCCUGUGGACAAACGCAGGAGGAACCGAUGCCAGUAUUGUCGCUUCCAGAAGUGCCUUGCAGUAGGGAUGGUCAAAGAAGUGGUGAGGACAGACGGUCUGAAAGGUCGACGGGGGCGCCUGCCGUCCAAACCUAAAUCUCUCCCGGACUCAUCUUCACCCAUCAGCACCCUCCUGAGCACCCUCAUCAGGGCACAUGUGGAAUCGAACCCUUCACCUUCUUGUCUUGACUUUCUCAAAUUUAAGGAGAGUCCAGGAAGCCCCCCGGGAGACGACGCUCAGCAUGUGCGGCAGUUUUAUGACCUCCUGACCAGAUCGAUGGAGGUGAUUCGAGGCUGGGCGCAGAAGAUCCCGGGCUUUACCUCCCUGCCCAAACACGACCAAGACCUCCUCUUCUACUCUGCUUUCCUGGAGCUCUUUGUUUUACGGUUGUCGUACAGAUCCAACCCAGAGGACGGGAAGCUGAUCUUCUGCGACGGGUCGGUGUGGCACCGGCUCCAGUGCCUGCGUGGCUUUGGGGAAUGGAUUGACAGCAUCGUUGAAUUCUCCGCUAAUCUGCAGAGGAUGAACCUGGAUGUGUCCACCUUCUCCUGCAUAUGCACUCUCGCCUUGGUCACCGAGCGGCAUGGACUGAAGGAGCCGAAGAAAGUGGAGGAGCUGCAGAACAACAUUGUCAAGUGCUUGAAGGACGCCGAUGGCCUCUCGGACUGUUGGUCCAACCAUUUGUCCAAACUUUUGGAAAAACUGCGCGAACUUCGCACUCUGUGCAUCCAAGGCCUGCAGAGGAUUUUCUAUUUGAAGCUGGAGGAUUUGGUGCCGCCGCCUGCAAUAAUAGAUAAGUUAUUCCUCGACACGUUGCCAUUUUAG